GCGGGCCUCGCGGAGAGAAGAAACUUAUUGAAGAAAUACAACCGAGAGUCUUGUUUUGUCACCGUGACAACUCAGGCUCAGGCUCUGUAUUCUCUCUCCAACGCGGUCAACAUCGGUAAUCGGUAACUGUAAAUAUCGUAACGUACGAUGUCAAAUUCGCCUCGCGCGACUAUUCACUCUGAUCCUCCCUCAGCUGGACUUCUGAGUGACCCAUCUGAUACCGAUUACCGCAGGCAACGCCUGCAACAAAUUGGUAGCUGUCCAACACCAAUCGCACAGAAUCAAGCAGACGAUGAGACAACUGCGUUACGUGCAGCUCCCAGCGGCACCAGUUACGGGACAUUGCCUGUUGUUCGACGCCCAUGUCGCGCAUGCACACAACCUGGUCUUUGGGUCUCUCCUCGUCGACCCACUCUCUCAGACCUUCCAAUAACGCGAAGCGUAGCCGUCUCUGUUCCGGCCUCUCCAUCGGCCUUCUCGCCAAUAUUUACGCGGGACUCACUCCGCAGUCGGAUUUCCCAACAGCGGCCUAUAUCUGCCUACGAUGCCCAGCUCGUAAACGCCAAUACCAAUGCCGCGGACACUGACAUCGACGUCCGAACUAACGGAUUCCGCGUAUGGUACUCCUCGUUCUCAUCAAUCGACUGGCUUCACGAUGCGAUCAAAGACUCGGUCCGGUUUGCUCGGCUCCGGCGCGGCAAGUCCAUCCGCUCCAGAGUCCGGCUUGUGUUCGACAAGAGCCUUGGAUGGAUCAUCGUCACGGUCGUCGGGUUCCUCACUGCCGUAGUUGCAUUUCUUGUCAUCCGUGCAGAAAAAUGGCUAUUUGAUGUGAAGCAAGGCUACUGCAAGACUGCAUUGUGGCGCGCACGGGACAUUUGCUGUCCUCCGAGUCUGCCUGAUGAAUAUAGGUCUUUGGAUGGCCAUUGUCCCGCUUGGAGGACUUGGUCGGAUGUAUUUGCAUCAUGGACGGGCAGUGAAUCGGGAGAUGAAGAUAGUGUUGUGCAGUAUCUUGCGUAUACAAUCAUUGCGGUUGUAUUGGCCAGUAUUUCAUCGCUCCUCACAAUCUAUCUCACGGCGUCAACGUCCUUCAUUACUCGUAAAGAAUCCGGUGUUCUGUCUCCGGCUUUUAACAAGAGUGGUGCACAUACCGCUUCGAGUUCUUCGCAGCCCAAGCGUGGUGUGAUCUACUACGCUGCAGGGAGUGGAAUUCCGGAGAUCAAGACCAUUUUAUCUGGCUUCGUCAUCCAUGGUUAUCUCGGUGGGCGCGUGCUAUUUACUAAAGCGCUUGGACUGGCUUUCUCAGUGAGUUCAGGAUUGUCUCUUGGCAAGGAGGGACCUUUCGUCCACAUCGCUAGUUGCAUAGGCAACAUCGUCAGUCGUUGUCAUAGCAAGUAUGAAAAUAACGAAGCCAAACGUCGUGAGAUACUUAGUGCAGCAUGCGCGGCGGGUGUUGCUGUUGCAUUUGGGGCACCUAUUGGUGGCACCCUUUUUAGCUUGGAAGAAGUCUCUUACUUCUUCCCGCCAAAGGUUAUGUGGAGAAGCUUUUUCUGCGCGAUGAUAGCAGCCGUAACCCUCCGGUUCCUCGAUCCUUUCGGAACUGGUAAAGUUGUAUUAUUCCAGGUCACUUAUGACAAGGAUUGGCAUGCAUACGAACUGAUAUUUUUCAUCUUACUUGGAGUUCUUGGAGGAGUAUACGGCGCAUAUUUUUCCAAGCUGAACUACCGCUGGAGUCGUGACGUUCGUGGUGGAACAUGGCUAAAGGCGCAUCCAGUUGUUGAAGUUAUGCCUGUGACUCUCAUAACCACCGUCUUAUGCUUUUUAAGUCCCUAUGCGCGCAUGGGGGGCACAGAUCUUGUUUAUAAUCUCUUCUCAGAAUGCCGCACAGGUAGUAAAAACACACAUUUUCAUUUGUGCGUCCUGGAUCCAAGUAAUUUCGAUCAUGUCUGGUCCGUUGUGCGAGCGAUCCUUGUUACUAUGAUGGUCAAGGGUUUCCUGACCAUAAUUACAUUCGGCAUCAAAUUGCCGGCUGGGAUUUUUAUACCCACCCUCGGAGUAGGUGCAUGUGCUGGACGGAUUGUUGGCAUUGCUGUGCAAUGGCUCCAGUACCAUUACCCGGACAGCACUGUAUUUGAUGUAUGCGAGGGUGACCUGGAUUGUGUCGUGCCUGGCCUUUAUGCAAUGGUGGGAGCUGCAGCAGCUUUGUCUGGCGUCACUAGAACGACCGUGUCAUUAGCGGUCAUCAUGUUCGAGCUGACCGAUACCCUUACGUAUGCUGUUCCUGUCAUGCUCUCCGUUCUCGUUGCCAAGACUGUAGCCGAUGCCCUGGAGCCUAAGGGAAUUUAUGACCUGGUCAUUGAACUAUCUCAACUUCCAUACCUAGAUGCUAAACACGAAUAUCUAUGGUCAAAUUUAUCCAUCAAGGAAGUGACCGAUCGAGAUGUGGAUGUGAUCAGGAUUGACCAACGCAAUACCGUUGAAAGUCUUCGGGACCAAUUGCAAUCACUUCUGAAUGGUGAACACGAUGAUGGUGGUUUUCCCAUUCUCAGGCCAAGUCAUAACGAAGGUGGUAUGCGCAUGGUUGGCUACAUUGGCGCUAGCGAACUGGAGCAUGCUCUCGCCGUCGUAGCGGAUGGAGCAACCGAGGAGGUUCGGUUCCACACUACCACAUAUGAGGAACUGGGUACUUCAUAUUCGUCUUGGGUGGAAGAGUUAGGGCAGAGUAAAAAUGAUCCAGUCGACUUCAGCGUAUACAUGGACCAGGCGCCAUUGAUGAUCCAGUCCAACUCGCCUUUGCAGCUCCUUCACCAAUUCUUCGUGAAGCUUGGCGCACGUUAUGUCAUAGUGACGGAUACGGAUGGUUACUAUGAAGGCGUAAUCAACAAGAAGACAUGGCUAGCAUUUCUUAGCGAAUUGGAGGAGAAAUGAUAAAUUCACGGCCUGCUGCCACGACUGGGUUUGUGAUCAACAGACAUUACACUUACACUAUGGAAUUAUUCUCUGGAUACUCAUUGCAUACGGAGGUACAAAUUACACUGACACUGCUGCACUGCUGUAAGCAUGUUUACCAUUAUUGACCAUAAGUUAUCGCAAUUACACUAGCAGUACUAGUACAACUCUAUUCCACAA